CUCCAGCCCUCAUCGUCUGCCUCAACACGCAGGCGCAUCUCUUCAAAUCCUGUCCCUUCCCCCGUCCGCUUUCUCUUCAUUUCGUUCCCCCUCCUCUUCCAGCACCUCGGUAGGUUCAAACUCUUCUCCGGGAGGGUGGCGGCGAUCGAGAGGUCACGUGAUGAGCAUCCUGCUGCCCAACAUGGCGGAGUUCGACACCAUCUCGGAACUAGAGGAGGAGGAAGAAGAAGCGGCAACGUCGUCGUCGUCGCCGUCGUCGUCGUCGUCGGUAUCGGGGCCUGACGACGACGAGGAAGAUGAGGAGGGGGAGGAAGAAGAGGAGGAGGAGGAAGAAGAGGAGGAGGAAGAGGAGGAGACGCCGCCCCCACCUCGGGUAGUGAGUGAGGAGCAUCUGCGGAGAUAUUCCCCCGAUCCUGUAUUGGUGCGGGGAGCCGGCCACAUCACUGUGUAAGCAAGAGGGGGCCAUAGGGUUUGAAAACGCUGAGAUUUGUCGACAGAGGAAUGAGAAGGUGAUCGAGGGGCCUGUGGAGUGGGGGAGGGCCGACUGAGGCAUACAGUUAGAAAAGGACACCUCGUCUAAAUGGAGAAACCGAGGGUGGUAGGUGCAAAGGGAGUGAGGAGAAUGCAAAUGUGAUGCACUGACAUCAGGUAAAGAGUAUAUAUAGGACGGGGAAGUUAGAGGUUUGAGAGCCAGAGGGAUAGGAGUAAAGGUGAGUCUACUUCUUUCUGUGUUUGCUGGCAAGUAAAUAGUCUUUAAACUGCAGGAUGUACCAGAGGAUUCUUUACUGCUAAGAUUGGUGUGUAGUGGAACACAGUGACUGCUGUGAAAAGUGACAAGACCUAGGCUUUCUUCAAAACAGAAACGUGAUAUGUUUUGUGAAUAAUAUUAUAGAAUAUCCACGUACCCAUACAUUCAUUCAUCCAUUCUUCCUAUCUAAUCCGUAUAUGAAUGAAUACCAUUAUCCUUUGGAUGUCUUGAUAAUUCCUCAUUCUGA